AUGACCACUACAGUUGACCCAAUUGCUAAAAAACAGAAGCUCGAAGACGUCGCCACCUUGAAAGUAUUAUUGAGAUCCGAUAAGGCCAAGGUCCCUACCAAAGGCUCUGCUUUGGCUGCCGGAUAUGAUAUCUACUCAUCUGAAUCGGGGUUGGUUCCUGGUCACGGACAGGCCAUGAUUAAAACCGAUUUGACGGUUGUGGUGCCUGUUGGGUGCUAUGGACGAGUGGCUCCGCGGUCAGGGUUGGCGGCCAAGCAUGGGAUUUCAACCGGGGCCGGAGUCAUCGAUGCUGAUUAUAGAGGAGAGGUGAAGAUUAUUCUCUUCAACCACUCUGACAAGGAUUUCGAAAUUGCCGAAGGGGACAGAAUUGCCCAGUUGGUGUUGGAGAAGAUUCUCUUGACCGACGUACAAGAGAUCACGGCCGAACAAUUAGACGCCACCGACCGAGGCGAAGGAGGAUUUGGUUCAACUGGAGGAUUUGGUGCUCAGUAA